AGUAUAUAGAGGGGGUUACAGAGUCUCAGUGUGUAACAGACAGCCAGCAGUCGGGAUAUAAAUUACAUUGGGCAUUGCUGGAGCGUAUUUUUAAUUGAAAAACCAUGAAGCUGAUUAUAUCACUGGCGUUUGCUGUAGGACUUCUAGCCGUGGCGUCUGCUCUGACCUGUCGAACUUGUGACUUCAGAGUUGGAUCCCUUUGUGUAACUGGUUCCCAUACUGCAAACUGCACUGGAAGCUGCUCCACCAUUAAAACCUAUGCAGGUAGCGUUCCCCUGUUUUCCAAAUUGCAAUGUGAUCCAAACUGCACUGCAACAGCUAAGACCCAAACCGAUAAUAUCCUAAAAAUUGACUACACUAUUUCAUGCUGCAAUACAACCGAAUGUAACAGUGGGAAUCAUGUCCAGCUCUCCCUGUCUCUUGGGGUAGGAAUGGUGCUCUUGUGGCUCCUUAAAGCUCUGUGAACUAAUGCCUUUCUUUGAGAUCUGUUGACGGAAAAUGGUUUAAAGAAUUGACUCCCACUGCUUCAAAUUGAUGUCCUACCACUACCACAAAUGAUGUCAUCCCACUACAAUGACUAGGCUCUGCGCCCUUCCCUACUUCCUCCCUCAACUUUUCAGAGACCCCAUUUUAAAAAUAAUAAUUUGGGGCCUACAGAGAAUUUGAGGAAAUAGAAUUUGGAACAUAGAGUUCCAUCUGGUUUCAUUGACCAAUCCACAUCUAAACUGCCUGGUUCUGUAAUACAAAGGGAAAUAAUCCAACGUGGAAACGUGAUGAGACAGAUACGACUUUAUAAAAGUCCAGAUUCACUGCUGCCCCAAGUGGUCAUGUAUGGAACUGCAAAUGGUUCACUCUCUUUCCAGAUCAGAGCAAUUCACAUGACAAAUGCACACCCUUCCCAGCCGUCCAUGGUUCAGACCAUCUUUCUCUACAGCCGUGUGCUUGCUCAAUCAUAAUUUUCUAUGUAAUU